AAGGGAUAAAAUUUGAAGACUUUUUCAAGUCCUCUGAACUCGAAAUGAGAUGCUUUGCACCUGCCGGAGCAGUAAGUUCUUCUUCUGCUGCUGCUGCUGCUAUACUCUUCUUCUCACUCAAUAACAAUAUAUUCAUCUCAAGAAAGAAAAAAAAUUGUGGGUUCGUUGCAAAACUCAGUAAUAACAAUGACCCACUGCUUCAAUCAGCUAUUAAUGAUGCUUCACAUCGUUUCCAGGAAACCCAGAAACCAGAACCUCUGUUUGUUGAUCCAUAUGCUGGGUGUUUUCUAACUGAUUAUGAUGUUCAAAGAGAUAUAGAUCAAUACUCAUCUUCUGCAUCACACUAUUGCCUUGCCACCAAGUUCAUUGACGAUAAGUUGCUUGAUACAAUGUCCAAAACGGAUGAGCUUAGACAGGUUGUUUUGUUUACAGAUGGUAUGGACACACGGCCGUAUCGACUGAAAUGGCCAACUUCAACUGUAAUGUUUGAUGUAUCGGCGGAACAGGUUUAUAUUACAGCAGCUCAAAAGCUUAAAGAUGUUGGGGCUAAAGUUCCAAAACGAUGCUUGCUUGUUCAUGUCCCAUCCAAAUCUGCUGAUACCCAAGAGAAUUUAUACAGAAAGGGAUUUAACGGAAACAGGCCAAGCAUAUGGGCACUGCAGGGAAUACCGAUGAUGACUUGGGAGAAUUUUAAAGACAUUAUGGUCUUAGUGAGUAGUUUAGCAACAAAAGGAUGCAUUUUCGUUGGAGAAUUGCCUACCUGGUUGGUCGAUACCGAGUCUGCAAUGAAGGGUCUUGAACAACCUGAUACACGGAACUGGAUGGACAAGUUUUUUAGAAGCAAUGGCUUUCGAGUUACCGUCAUUGACUAUGAUGAAGUUGCAGAGAAUUUGGGCAGGGAUCCUCCAUCAGGUUACGGCAAGAAUAUACUUUUUGUUGCAGAGCAACUGCGGCUGUCGGACAGUCAGAUGGAAAGUUGGAGGGAACAGUUUCAAAGAGUGGAGGAAGAAGGAGAUGAAGACGGGUUCGAAGAACUCUAGUGCGUGAAAGGAAUUUUUGUGUAAUAGAGAAGACAGUCCUGAGAUUGAAAAGGUUUUAAUGGAGAAAGCCGUUAUUGUUGUAAACAGUGGUAGUGUACUCCAACUAGCUGCUUCAAAGGCAUGUGACAGGUUCAAAAAAUGCAACUGGAUUUACUACGGAGCUACAGGGAGUCAAGGAUAACAUGAGACUGCAAGGAAGGAGUAGUGAAGAGUCAAGAGUGAAUGAACCGUUACUCUCUUUGUUGUUGGCUUUGUUUUUGUUUCAUGUACCCAGUAAUUGUUGUAAGAAUUAUAUAGGUGAUAUAUGGUGGUUUCAUAACUUGUUUAUGGCAAGUAAUGUAAAGAAUCAGAUUUACCUCA